CACCUCAAAGCCCUUACCUCUCAGCAUGCGAGUUUUAAAUGAGACACAUGUUGAGUAACAUGAGGAUACACUUCUACUCAAAAUCUUUCUGCCUCACACACCUGCGUUAUUACAUGCUGAGAAACAGUGCACAAAAGGGAAUACUGAGCAACAUCACUUAAACUACUUAUUUUAUAUUUUACAUGUUAAAAAGCAACUGAACUGAGCACAGAAUGAAGGGCAUCGUGGCUAUGUGCUGUAUAAGUUUUAUUCUGUGUCUAGUGGUACUGGUUAAAGGUGAUGAAGACUACACUGAGGAUGAAGAAAUGAUCUUGUCUCUGAUUCGGCAGGAUGACAGCCAGCCUGAGGCAGAGGGACCGUCUGCCCAAUUUUACAGGUGCACUAAGGACGCGUGGCGCAUGCCGGGUCAGUACAUAGUGGUGAUGCGGAAGGGAACGCACGUGAAUCAGGUGGAGCGCACCGCGCGCAGACUCCGCGCCAAAGCAGCCAAACGCGGAUACCUGAUCGAUAUAACGCAGACGUAUUCUGAAGCAUUCAAGGGAUUUCUAGUUAAGAUGAGCAGCGAUGUUCUUCACAUGAAAGUAAUCUCUGGCUUUUCGUUGCUGCCCCAUGUGGAAUACAUUGAAGAGGAUUCCUCUAUUUUUGCUCAGAGUAUCCCUUGGAACCUGGAGCGCAUUCUUCAAAACAAACAUAAGACUGGAAAAUAUUCACCACCCAAUGAUGGUGCACGGGUUGGGGUAUUUCUCAUGGACACAAGUGUUCACGUGAGUCAUCGUGAGAUUGAGGAGAGAGUGAUGGUGACAGACUUCAGCAGUGUGCCAGAGGAGGAUGGGGUCAGAGUUCACAGAGAGGCUAGUCAGUGCGAUAGUCAUGGCACACACAUAGCUGGUGUGGUAAGUGGGCGGGACUCAGGUGUAGCUCGGAGUGCCAGUGUAAACAGUGUUCGAGUGUUGAACUGCCAAGGGAAGGGCACCGUGUCAGGAUCUUUGGCAGGUCUGGAAUAUAUUCAGUCGUCUCUGAUGGCGCAGCCUAUCAGUCCUGUGAUCGUUCUGCUGCCAUUCGCAGGUGGAUUUAGUCGAACCCUCAACACGGCCUGCAGAAAAAUGGUUGAAUCUGGUGCUGUGCUUAUUGCUGCAGCUGGUAACUACAAAGAUGAUGCUUGCCUUUAUUCACCAGCCUCGGAGCCUGAGGUUAUUACAGUUGGGGCUGUUAAUUUUGGUGACCAGCCACUGAGCACAGGGACGACAGGCACCAAUGUGGGCCGCUGCGUGGAUGUGUUUGCACCUGGUGAUGACAUCAUCAGUGCAUCAAGUGAUUGUCCCACCUGUUUCACAACCAAGAGUGGAACGUCACAGGCAGCAGCGCAUGUCGCAGGUAUAGCAGCUGUGCUCCUUAACCUCAGUCCAAACUCCAGCUCUGCUGAGGUUCUGCAACAGCUUCUCUAUCACUCAGUCAAAAAGAUCAUAAGCCCAGAUUCGCUGCCACAGACCCACCGAUUCACUACACCAAACAUGGUGGUCGCCCUGCCAGACCCAACCUUCACACUCACAGGGGAUGAGCUGCUCUGCCGCUCUGUUUGGUCUGAGAUGUCGGGGGUUACAGGUUUUGCAACAGCCAUGGCACGCUGUCGCCAUGGCGAAGAGAUGCUGAGCUGUUCCAGUUACUCGAUUAAGGGAGGACGAGCUGGAGAAAGAGUAGAGGAGAGAGAUGGAAAGAAAGAGUGUGUAGCUAUCAAUGGAAACGGAGGGCAAGGUGUGUAUGCUGUAGCUCGCUGCUGCACCGGACAUAAGGCUCAAUGUCCGAUGAUGGAGAGUCCACAGAAAGGAGCGCAAGCAGAAUGUCUCAGUACAGACCAUCAGCUUACAGGCUGUAGUUUUUUCUCUUCGUCCGGAGACAUACUGAACUUGGAUCGAUCUCUGCACGCCAUCCGCAGGGCGUGUCCAGCUAGAAGGGGUGUGAUUUCGUACGCUUUUUGCUGCUCCUCCCCCUCUCUCGAGUGCCACCUGAAAGAACGCAACUCGAUUGGCUCGAGCGAGCAGGUGGAGGUUUCAUGUGAUGAUUCAUGGACAUUAACGGGCUGUCAGGCUCUGUCACAUGGUUCUGUCAUGUACGGGGCAUAUGCUCUGGGUAACACCUGUGUAGUUACAUAUACAGCUGGAGGGGAUAGAGGUGCAGCUGCCAUCGCCACCUGCUGCAGGCACCGCCCAUUCCAUCAGCCUGAUGACAUCACAACCACUGAAGACCUCCCUGAUGUCUGAGGAGAAACAUAUUCAGCAGCUUUCUUUCUGCAUUUUAGAGAUGCAAGACGUAACCAAAGACUGCAGUGUAACAUGAUGGUUUGAGGACAGUUCAGUUAGGAGGAAUAUCAUUUAAUGAAUUACAGGUUAUAAUAGCUAAAUGGCUUCUAACCGUAUUAACCCUGUAGCAUCAGAAAUUGCUUUAUUGUUCUCUGAUGUGCAGUAAAUCAUUGUAGUGUUGUCUGCACUUGACAAACCAUACAAUUCAACCCUGUUACCAACAUUAUAAUAUAUUUUUACCAACAUGAAAUAUGAAUAGCUCAGUUUGAAUAAUACUGUUUAUUAAGAACUACAAUUAAGGGCGGUUUUGCGGACAGGGCUUAUCCUAGUCGAAGACUAAAAUGCAUAUUUGAGCCUUAAAGGAGACAUAUCAUGAAAAUCUGACUUUUUCCAUGUUUAAGUGCUUUAAUUGGGUCCUCAGUGCUUCUAUCAACCUAGAAAAUGUGAAAAAGAGCAACCCAGCAGCUUAGUUUUAGUAAGCCAUUCUCUGCAAGCAUAUGAAAAAUAGGUCAUUGAAAUUUGGCUCCCCUUGUGAUGUCAGCAGGGGAUCUUAUUAUACUAAUACCACCCCUUAAUCUACAACCCCAAAUCAGAAAAAGUUGGGACACUUUAAAAAUUGUGAGUAAAAAAGUAAUGGAAUAAUUUACUAAUCCCAUAAACUUAUAUUUUAUUCACAGUAGAAUAUAGAUGACAAAUCAAAUGUUGAAAGUGAGAUAUUUUGAAAUGUCAUGCCAAAUAUUGGCUCAUUUUGGAUUUCACGAGAGCUACACAUUCCAAAAAAAGUUGGGACAGGUAGCAAUAAGAAGCCAGAAAAUUUAAAUAUACAUAUAAGGAACAGUUGAAGGACCAAUUUGCAACUUAUUAGGUCAAUUGGCAAACAUGAUUGGGUUUAAAAAGAGCCUCUCAGAGUGGCAGUGUCUCUCAGAGGUCAAGUUGGGCAGAGAAUCACCAAUUCCCCCAAUGCUGCAGAGAAAAAUAGUUUUCUGAGUUUCUCAGAGAAAAAUUGCAAAGAGAUUGAAGUUAUCAUCAUCUACAGUGCAUAAUAUCAUUCAAAGGUUUAGAGAAUCUGGAACAAUCUCUGUGCGUAAGGGUCAAGACCGAAAAACCAUACUGGAUGCCCAACUUAACUUUUCUGGCCUCUUAUUGCUACCUGUCCCAACUUUUUUUGGAAUGUGUAGCUCUCAUGAAAUACAAAA